AUGUUUUUAGACUUUGACACACUUAUAAAAUUGCCAGGAAUUUCUACAAAUAAUCAAUUUAUUGAAAAGUUGAGAGCACAAUGUGAUUUAGGAAAAAAAAUGUUUGCUGCAGAUUCAAAUUCUAUAGAAGCCUAUUUAUCAAUUAAAAGCAUGGGAGCAUCAUUCUUACAGCUAGAAGAAGUGUACAGACAAAUUUUAGUUAUUCCAAUUUCAAGUGCUACAGCUGAAAGGAGUUUUUCUACAAUGAGGAGAAUAAAAACGUAUAUAAUAAAUCGACCAUGA